GUAUAGUAGAUUUUCAUUUUCAAAUAAACGUAUUUUCAAAAAAAAAAAAAAAAACAAUCGGUUGAGGGCUCGACCGCUCUAGUUUGGGUUGAGUCUGAUUUGACCAGCAAAUUUACGGGUUGUAUGGGUUCUGGCUAUAUUGGGCUUCCAGUCAAAAAAAAUUUGUUCAAAACCCAAAAAAAGGGUUGGGAUUGAGUCGGAUUUGAAGAUCAGGUAAAAAUUAACAAGUCUAGGUGCAACAAAUUGGUCGAAGGAAAUAGUAUUCGUUGUGCUUGAAAGAUUUGAUGCAAGUCCAAGUAAAAUCUAGGAAUUCCCAACAUCUUCCAUAUUUCAAUUCCAUCUUAACAGACAAUAGAAAUGGUAAUGCUUAAAUCAAUGGAAGAGAAUUACCCCUUAAUCGAUUCCAACUUCCUCGAAUUUUGCGGGUCUCGUGGCAUUUUUACUGUGGAAGAUUUCCUAAUUUAUGAUCUGAAUUCUUUGAUUUCCUUCACUGAAAAGAAACCAAAUACAGAGAGAUUGAAGCAGGGAAUUGAGCAAGUGCUUUCAAUAGUUGAUAGUCUUCAUAGACCAUGGUUGAACGGUGUGGAGUUACAUAAAGAUGCUCAGAAAAGUAAACAAACAUUCCUUGCUUAUGAAGGGAUUGAUCCUUUUCUACAUGGGGUGCUAAGAGAGGGGUUUGUAACAGAACUAGUUGGACCGUCAUCUUCGGGCAAAACACAGGUAUGUCUCCAAGCUGCUGCAACUGUUGCGAAGGAAUAUGCAAGUGGUGUUGUAUUCUUAGACUCAGGAAAUUCCUUUUCUGCACCACGAAUUGCACAUCUUGUGAAUCAGGCUUCAUUUUCUACUUCGAAGCAGGCCAAUAAUGAAGCUCUUCAUAUUGUUAUGAAGAACAUAUGGUGCUACCCAGUAUUUGAUAUCUUUUCCUUGUUCAAUGUACUGCAUCAACUAGAGUCGAAAUUAAAAAGCGAGAUGUGUUCAGUGCGGUUGCUCAUUGUGGACUCAUUUUCAUCUCUCAUUAUUCCUCUUCUCGGAGGUGGUGGUCCAUAUGGACAUGCUCAAAUGAUUUCUGCUGGAAAUUUGCUAAAGAAGAUAGCCCACGAAUACAGCAUUUGCGUACUGGUGACGAAUCAUAUGGUAGCUGGAGAAGGCGGUUCAGCAAAGCCGGCUCUUGGAGAAAGUUGGAAAAGCGUCCCACAUGUGAGGUUCCUCCUCUCUCGUGAUCGAGAGACAAACACAUGUACCAUCUCUGUUGUCAGACACCCAUCCAUGGCUGCUGGAAAUCAAGCGAAGUUCAAGAUUUGUGAUAGUUAAGAGGAGCUCAGCUCAGAUAGUGUAAUGGUUAUAUACAACUAUUGUAAUGGUAUUAUAAAACUCUUUGACGUCAAUUUAUGACAUUAUCUCAAACUAUUUGAAACAGAGAUCUGUGAAACACACUUUUAUACAAUGCAAAUAUGCUAAUAUUCGAAUUCA